AUGCUGGGACGAAAUGUCUUGCGCAGCGUGCCCUCCCGGGGCCUCGCACGUCAGUUCUUGAACAGAGCAUCGACGCGUGCCUCUUCCUCGACCGCCGGUGCCGAAUCCUCUCCCUUCUACCUCACUCUCACUGCCUCCGUCGCAACCGCUGCCACGAUCGGAUCUGCCGCCUAUCUCUAUGGUCAAGAAGCUUUCGCUAUGACCCCUGCUGAGGAGGGUUUGCACGCCACUCAGUAUCCUUGGGAACAUGAGCGUUGGGUCAAGACUUUUGACCACCAGGCUCUCCGCCGUGGUUUCCAGGUCUACCGUGAAGUUUGCUCCAGCUGUCACUCUCUGACCCGUGUGCCUUGGCGUUCGUUCGUCGGUGUCAUGCACACCGUCGACGAGAUGAAGGCUUUCGCCGAAGAGCACGAGUACGACACCGAGCCCAACGACCAGGGUGAGAUCGAGAAGCGCCCCGGAAAGCUGUCCGACUACAUCCCUGCUCCCUACAAGAACGAGGAGGCCGCCCGUGCCGCCAACGCUGGUGCCCUGCCCCCGGAUCUCAGUUUGAUCGUCAAGGGCCGUCACGGUGGCUGCAACUACAUCUUCUCUCUUCUGACUGGUUACCCCGAUGAGCCCCCGGCUGGUGCUUCCGUCCAGGAGGGCAUGAACUUCAACCCCUACUUCCCCGGAACUGCUAUUGGUAUGGGUCGUGUCCUCUUUGACGGCCUUGUUGAGUACGAGGAUGGCACCCCUGCCACCACCUCCCAGAUGGCCAAGGACGUUGUCGAGUUCCUGAACUGGGCUGCUGAGCCCGAGAUGGAUGACCGUAAGAAGAUGGGUGUCAAGUCCAUCACCCUUCUGACCGGUCUCUUCGCUCUGAGCGUGUGGGUCAAGCGCUACAAGUGGUCCCCGAUCAAGACAAGAAAGAUUAUGUACAGCCCCCCUGUUCCUCGUCGCUAA